AGCUAUAUUAUAUGCAGGAUUAGUAUACUGCAGCUGAAGGAGACGAGGAUGAAGGGUCAGCUAUUUGUUUGCUGUUUGCUGGUGGUAGCGUUGUUCUCUCGGCCUGGAGAAGCACUCUGCCUCUGUCCAACCUGCCCCAACGGAUGGCGGCUCAUGGACGGGUACUGCUACCGAGUUUUCCCUCAAGACAAACAAUGGUCCAAAGCAGAUGAAUUCUGCAAUAAGUUUAACAGAAGCAGGUCAUCCUCUUUGGUGUCGAUUCAUAGCGAAAAGGAAAACAAGUUUGUCGGCAACCUUGCAGGAAAGAGACGGUCUUGGAUUGGGCUCCAUGACAGGUACAGCGAGGCGAAAUUUAUGUACACGGAUGGGUCGCCGUUUAACUACGAUGCAUUCCUUCCGGGUGAACCUAACAAUGCAAACGGGGAAGACUGUGUGGAGAUCAAGUGGAGAAAAUGGAACGACCUGAAGUGCAACUUGCCUCGGCCAUUCAUCUGCAAAAUGUGGCCUUCUUACGAAGAAAAGUGAGACUCAAACACAGUGUACCUUAGCCCCGAAAGCGGGAAAUCUCGGUAUUAUUCAAAUUUACACCAUACGUUACAUACUUUCAAGGGUUAUUUGAUUGUUCUCCCAGUGGCCACGCGUGGAAUGCUCCUUUCUUUACGGUCCCUCUUAUCGGAUUCACUAGCUGGGAAUUAUUCAUCCUCUGAAUUUUCGUGAGGGGAAUCGUUGUUCUGAUUGUUCGUAACCAGUGUUGCAUAGGCUUGCAGGCCAAUAUACAGAAUUGAAGUUGCUAAAGUCCAAGGCAAAGUCACGUUUUCCCAUUUGAAGUGCCUGGACCGGUUUUUGUGCGAGUCACGUCCAUUAUUGUGCAUAUUGAACUUGCCAGUCGCGGAGGGAUUGAGGUCAGGCUCCCGAAAACAACCACAUCGGUUAAACUGACGAGCUCACUGGGCCGAAUAACUGACCGCAGUGAAUGAGCCGUAUUCAAGAAAAAAAACACCACCAUUUUAAGCGUCCCAGACUGAUGACAAGUGCUCUAGACGAGGUUUGACGAGGCUAGUGUUUUAUAAGAUCUUCGCAUAUGCGUCUGCCGUAAACGGCUACGGCCAAAGAGUAUGUGUCAACACUCUGCUGUAAAGUAGUCCGCACAAUAAGCAAUGCACUACAUGUGCUGUGGGUUAUUGCUUUAUUUGUAAAGAAUCUUUACUAAUUUUGUAUAGGAUAUUGGACUACAGUAUACACCUUCACGAAACCAUGCACGUACCGGUAGCCUGUAUUAUUUCAGUUAAGAGUUGAAAAGGUCAAUAACUGAGCUUUCAUGUGAAGCCGCUCUUUCGAGUGGACGAACGGCCAUUAUGAUGGAUCCUUUGUGAGAGUAGUACAGUUCUUGCCAUUUCCUAAAAUGGGUUUGAUUUCUCUAAUAGGCUGCAAUGACAAUUUUGACCCCCCCAGCAGUGGUGUGUGGGGGCGGGGUUCCUCCCCUGAAUGACGUGUUGCCUUUUUAAUUCAAAGGGCCGCAUUUUAAAAAUGGUACUGCCGGCUUUCAAGGGGUGAAGGUUUUUUCGCCGCAUUUUAAAAAUGGUACUGCCGGCUUUCAAGGGGUGAAGGUUUUUUCACGUUGACAAAAUUGGACAAUCAUUUGCAGAAAAAAGCACCAUUUUGGCCCUCCCAUGGUCCCAAGACCUGGAUAUGCACGCGUGCGAUUUGCGUAUUGAAAUUGCGUGUUGAAAUAUCUGGGAAGCCAAGUCACCCAACACCAAAAAAGUACCGUAAAGGAAAUCGAGACGGUAGGUGUAGGACGGAAGCAUAUUGCUGCCACAUGUAAAUGUAAAAAAAGUAGAAAAUAAAAGAAAAAAAGGAAAAUCGCCCACAAUGUUCUUUAUGACAAAAUUAACCUCUGCAACACAGUAAUAUCAACAACUGACUUUGUUUUCCCACACCAACUUCAUACCGUUUUAUUUGUCCACCGACGAUUUGUUUAAAAUUGCAAGCUAUUGGUCAUUCAAAUCCAACACAUAACUUACGAUUACGCUACUUUGGUCCCAUUUACUAUAUUAUUCAUCAAGUCUUAAAUUUAUAUACGAUUUUAACACAGGCCUAUCCUAAAGGUAUGAUUUAGGGUAUAAAAUAUUUUGUAACCAUUGCUCAAUCAAAUGUACCCAAUAACUGAUACGGUGAAAAUACAAAAAAAACGAACAAAACAGACCUGAAUUUAAUGACUUACCAUUGAUACGUGUAAUAAUGAUAAUGUUACUGAGUAUAAGCAAAAGGGUAGUUGAGAUUUUCAUAAACUGAGUAAUUUAUUAAUCUCAACUGAUUUUAAAGACCACUAUGUCAUGAAUUUUGGCAUAAACUAAUUCUACCUUCACCUACACAUAUUUGAUAAUCAUAUCAACCUCGUGAAUUUUUUGCAUUUUUUUAUCCUAUUAAAAAAAAAGACUCUGAUCCGACAUCAUAUAAUGAAAUUAUUUCUUUUGCAAUGUGGCACCCUAUUCUGUCGUUAAUUUUGAAUUGAUUGUUUUGCUGUUUAAACUAUGCCAGUAUUUUUGCAUUUUGAAUCUUACAACAGCGUUACAGUUACAUGUGUAUACGUUUUUUGGCGUUUUCUGUUUGAAAGUCUGUUUUCUGUUUGAUUGUCUGUGAGCUACACCCUGUUUAGAUAAAAGUGUUAUAGUUUGCCAAGAACCGAAUUUCCAAAAUAUUGUGAAUGUAUUUUACUGCUAUAAUUUGUACUUCUUCAACAUUCACCCUACGUUACAAUACCACAGGUGAAGUUCGAUGCUGGUAGGAGGAAAAUCAAAUGACUGUAAGGCUUCGAUUAUAAAGGAGAUACAAAACGAUUUCUGUAAUCGAAGAUAA